CACAAACAAGGAAAACGAGACCUUUGAGUGGAUCGAUAGACGGUUAGGCUCAGGCAGUUAGCACAGAUAAACUAGGUUUACACUGAAUUAAAGAGAAAAACAACGUCUAAGUUAUCAUGGCAUCUCUGUUUAAAAAGAAGACAGUUGACGAUAUCAUUAAAGAGCAGUCCAAAGAGCUGAGAGGCACCCAGAGACAAAUCACUAGAGACAGAGCUGCCCUGGAGAGACAGGAGAGGCAAAUGGAAAUGGAAAUAAAAAAAAUGGCCAAGACUGGAAACCGAGAAGCCUGCAAGAUACUAGCCAAACAGCUGGUACAGCUCAGAAAACAGAAGAACCGAACCUACGCCGUGAGCUCUAAGGUCACGUCCAUGUCCACGCAGACCAAGGUCAUGAACUCUCAGAUGAAGAUGGCUGGAGCCAUGUCUACCACAGCGAAGACUAUGCAGACUGUCAAUAAAAAAUUGGACCCCAAGAAGACGCUACAGACGAUGCAGGACUUCCAGAAGGAGAACUUAAAAAUAGGAAUGACGGAGGACAUGAUCAACGAUACACUGGAUGAGAUUUUUGAUGAAUCGGGUGAUGAGGAAGAAAGCCAGGACAUCGUGAACCAGGUGCUGGAUGAGAUCGGCAUAGAGAUCUCAGGAAAGAUGGAAAGAGCCCCCUCAGCAGGAAAGAUCCUCCCUGGCGCCUCCCCAGCAAAGUCUAAAGCGGCCACCAUCUCAGACGCCGAGAUCGAGAGACAGCUGAAGGCUCUGGGAAUGGACUAAAUCUCUUCACCCUCCACACAUUUGUACCCACUGCCACCAAAGGACUUCCGAGUGGGAAAAGGGAGUGUCUAAGUAAUAAAUAAAGGAAGAAUGUCAACAAACAUACUCUUAUUGGAGUAUGGCAGUGAGUUACUGGAGGAGAUUCUGUGGUCAGAUAUAUACAGCAGAUUUAGACGUUCUGACAAAAUGCUCUCCAAAUCUGCUGCACAUAUUUAAACGUGAAGGAUGUCAUUUUUGCACCACUAGUGGCUUCAAAUGGAGCAUGAUUGGGUGGGGCGGGGCUAUCUGUUUGGGCGACCAAUAGAAAAUUAGGGGGCGGUGAUAUUGAAAAGUUAAUGGCCAGAAUUGCAUACUUCCCUACUUUAUAGUAUGUAAACAGUAGUAUGUUCAAAUUCACAGUAUUCAUAAAAUAGACUAAAUUUAUCCGGGUGACCUACUACAUUUGUCAAAAUUCUGAAGUGCACAUCUCAUGGACAUUUUACUAUCCCAUUUGGAGUGGAUUUGUGAAUAACAAUGUAGUGGCACAACUGACACUGGUAUGUCGCAUGACAAUGAUAACAUGGUGAAUAUAGUACAUCUGGAUUGCAUUCACACUAUUAGAGCAUACUUUUGUAACAGUGUUUGAUUCAAAAAUUACACACUUUACUUUUAACUUUGAAGGGUGCUAUUACUGUGACCAUGAAUUGUCCUUUAAAUCCUUUAAAUGUACACAAACAUUGGAAGAUUUGGUACUCCAUGGAAUUCCCAUGUAUUAUAGGGCUAAUCGUCUCAUGUCAUGUUAGUUAAAAGAUGCUCAUUUUGUGUAUUUUCAUGUCUUUUUAGGUUAUGUAUGACUUAAGGAAGUAAGUUACGGGAAAACAGUUUUCCUUUGCAGUGAGGUUUGGUAUAAACUCUUGCAUACAUACAAAUCAUAUCUUGCAUGAGAAUCUUUGUCGAUAUGAUAAAGUCUUUACUUAUCAACCUUGAAACAACAGUAGUUGCUGAAAGUCAAAGUCAGUCUGCAGAUUUCAGGCAGUCGGAGUUGACCGAUUUCACAGAAAAUCACAUAGUGUUUGAUGGGCACAGACCACAGCUUUUGAGCUUCAGACCAUGAGUCCAUCCAGUUGGAGGGGAUCAGACAUCGUGUUUGGAUUGUAUU